ACAAGAAUGAAUCUUACUGACACCUGACGAAGCCUUCACAACAGUCUCUAGUAGCGGUGGCUACUAUCAUUUGGACUAGGUUGUCUCCUUGAAAUUCUUCCUUGAAAACAGGAUGACUAAAUUAUGUCUUUUACUUUUACCACUAGUUUUCCUAGUCUCUUAUUCGUUUGCAGAAGAAGAAAUAACCAUUUCCAUUAGCCCAAAUGCAAACCCAGUUCAAAAACCAAUUGGUCACCAGAUUUCUCUUGUGUGCUCUAUUAAGAAGACUGAUAGUAAUGGAGAAAAACCAGGAAUGAUCUGGAAGAAACAUGGUGGACUAGACCGAACUGGAAACGUCGAGGUCAAAAAACUAGACGACUACACUCUCGGACUUAUUAUCAGAAAUUCCAGUGUGGAGGACAGUGGUGUGUACUAUUGUCAAGCUCAGGUUGGAAGUAAAGUAUACAUGAACAAGAUGGAUGUAAUCGUUUUUGAGGACAUUGUCUUCCGAGACAAACAACUUCACUUUGGUCAAGUUCUAGCGACUGCUUCGGUUAAUAUUUCAUGUGAGGUAUCCGCCAAGAAAGACAGUGUCAUAACUUACUGGACUCGUCACGGGAAGCAAAUCCUGGAAGGUGGUAAGCACAAGUUCUACAGUAGAGGGUCUAUUCUGGAAAUUCAAAAUUAUCAACCAGAACAAGACGCAGGACAGUAUACAUGCGAGGUGUUCCAUGUAAGCAGCGGCUCAUCAAACACAAAAACUGUGACUCUUGGAACCACAGGAGAGAAAAACUACGUGGCAUGCCAGCAGAUGUGUAACAGUUUUUGCACUGAUGUUCACAACAAAGUAUUUACCAACAACUAAAUUUUGAAGUGUAUUGAUUUUUUUCUCAUUUUAUCAUUUCAAACAUUUGAGUCACUGGAAUAACUUUGAUUCUUUUCAAUAAAUUAUUAUAGCUAAAAA